AUGGAUCCGACUGUAAGGACAAUUCCAGUUCACAAUGUCAGAAAAAACAAUGUGAAGGAGCUUCGGGAAACCAUUUUUCAAUCCAUUAAGAACGCUUCUUUUAUUGCCAUCGAUUUGGUAAGCACCUUUACCACUUGCUUCAAAGAUCACUUUACGUUAAAAAGUAAUUGUCAUUGCUAGGAGAUUACUGGCCUUGGUCCCAGAAUCGACCCAAAAUCUCAGAUGGAAGAGAAGUAUCUGGCCUAUAAGACACUUGCCGAGACAAGGUCGAUCCUUUCGUUAGGAUUAAGCGUCUUCAAAUAUGACGGAGUUGAAGAUAAGAGGGUCAAAUACAAAAUUACUGUAUUUGACAUUAUGCUAUUUGAGUUGGAUCCAUUUACGGUUGAUCCUUUAUCCCUUCAGUUCCUUGUAAAUCAUGGAUUGGAUUUCAAUCAACUGAUUUCAAAUGGAGUUUCGUUUCGAAAAAGAGUAAUUUUUGGAUAAGAUUGCACGUACAGUAGCUGCCAAAAAACUGUCAAUUUUUUUGUUUUUUGUGUAACUCUGCUCAACGUGGACGGAUUUCAACGAAACAAAUACCAUUCUAUAGAGAGUUACUGCUGUUAUCUAAUGGUGUAGCGGUUGGAGCGAUUUUACAUCUUAGUAUGUAACAACUGUCGAUGUAAAAUUUUUGGAAGGACAAAAAACUGUCAAUUUUUCCAAAAAAAUUUUACCGCUUGCAUACGUCGCGGCAAAUCAUGGGCUUAUACAUUCCGAUUUUUAAAUAAAGUCCCACUGUACAUAAUUAACCAUCAAAGGGAGCCAAGAAAGUUAAUUUAGUAGACAUUUUGGUGGUCCAAAGUUCGAUACCCCAAAACAUGACGUUUAAGAAAAAAUCGAUUUUUUUCUUUGACUUAGCAUUAACGCAACGCUUUGCAGUAGAAGCUAGACAACCUACAAUUAAAAUAGAACAAUGAUUGGGAGCCUAAAUGUAAGUCUACGGACCCCACUUGACAUUCAAGUUUCUCCGGUAAUCGAGUUUCUGUAGAGACUUGGCCUUGUUGCCCCCGCCUUUGUAACAACUUGCUAAUGCUUUAUCAAUACAUGAUCGCAGAUGUUCUAGAAGCAUUUUAUGGGCAUUUGUAGGACGGCGAUGCAAGUCACACAAGAAUUACCUAGGGUUACGUUGUCAUUAACAAAAAAAAUUUUUUGUGGAAACUUGCAAGUCAGCUUAAGACUUUAGAAACACGUUAGAGGGAGUGAAAUUACGUUAGAAAUGUCAGGAAUGGCUGUAAAUGUAUGGGACAACAUCUUGCUUGUCCUUGCGCUGGGUUAUUUCCAUCCUAUGGAGAGUGAAAAUCGAGAUAACAAUUUUUCUUCAAAAAUUCCAUUUAGGAGCUUGUUAUUUUACGCGCAAAGUACGGGCCUGGCGCGGUAGCGGUUCUAAACUGUUCACUGUUAACAUGGGUGCCUUCUGUCGCUUUGGAACUACGAUUAGAGGUGUCUGCGGAAGCACCCGGGCUGAAGUUCCACGGUACAUCUACUGCCAGAAAAACUUGAAUGUCAAGUGGGGUCCGUAGACUUACAUUUAGGCUCCCAAUCAUUGUUCUAUUUUAAUUGUAGGUUGUCUAGCUUCUACUGCAAAGCGUUGCGUUAAUGCUAAGUCAAAGAAAAAAAUCGAUUUUUUCUUAAACGUCAUGUUUUGGGGUAUCGAACUUUGGACCACCAAAAGGUCUACUAAAUUAACUUUCUUGGCUCCCUUUGAUGGUUAAUUAUGUACAGUGGGACUUUAUUUAAAAAUCGGAAUGUAUAAGCCCAUGAUUUGCCGCGACGUAUGCAAGCGGUAAAAUUUUUUGGAAAAAUUGACAGUUUUUUGUCCUUCCAAAAAUUUUACAUCGACAGUUGUUACACACUAAGAUGUAAAAUCGCUCCAACCGCUACACCAUUAGAUAACAGCAGUAACUCUCUACAGAAUGGUAUUUGUUUCGUUGAAAUCCGUCCACGUUGAGCAGAGUUACACAAAAAACAAAAAAAUUGACAGUUUUUUGGCAGCUACUGUAUAUUUGUUGCCUUAUUUUAGAUAGAUGAUAUCCCCAAUCGAAUAUUUACACGAAUUCUGGAGUCAGGCGCGACUCUUGCCUUCCACAAUGGUCUGAUUGAUCUGAUGUUUCUCUACAACAACUUCUAUUCUCCCCUCCCGCCUACUUGUUCUGAAUUCUUGGCUAAUCUCAGUGAUCUCUUCCAGGCCUCGGAUAAACCCCCAAUCUCAGAUAAAUACACCGCCGCAAUAAUUGAUACUAAGUUCAUUGCCGAACACAAGCUGGGAUACUCCGUUUCAUUCCUCGAAUAUGUUUAUCGAAAGUCGCAACGGCAAAAUCUAACGGCCUUGAAGGACGAUGACAUAUCGAUUGAAAUUAAUUUUGAAGUUUUUGAUGGCGUUGACACUACAUUCGUUGAAUCGAAGGUUUCAGAAUGCUUUAUUAAUAAGAAAUACGACCCGCUUACAUUGAAGUUUGUAUGUCCUUCGUUUUCUGUAAGUGUCAGACCUAUUACUUCUAAAGAUUAAUUCUAGAAUCACGGAUUUUGUCAAAAAAGAGAUAAAUGUCCAUUGGAUCAUGAUGUUGAAAUGGUACUGGAUCUGGAAGAAUAUAAAUCUCUGCAAGGAGAAAAAGGAACUAAGAGAAAACAAACAGAAAUUAGCGAUAAUGACCAGGAAGACAUUAAUGAAAAAAUGAAAAAACCACAGAAAGGAGAACUUCAUGGGAGAAAUGGAAAGAGAGCUAACGAGAUAGGUAAAGGACUAACAUUUUUAAUAUAUGUCGAAGUUGUUGCAGGUUCUCACAGUGCUGGGAUGGACGCUUUUAUGACCGGAUUUGCCUGUGCCUUCUUUUCUCGUCAAGAUCUCCAUUCAACUCACAAAUUCUCGGCGGAUUACUGUGGCCGAAUCCCGGUCUCCCAUUCGAACCACCCAUUGUUAAUAAGAACGGAGCAACAUAUCAAAAGAAAUGAUCAAUAUCACGAAGAGAAGAGUUUAUUAAUUCGAAAAGUGCGAUCUCUAAAUCACGGUGAGAUCUCAUUAUAA